CGCGCAUAUCUAUUAUAUAUUUUACACAUUUAAUUAAUCUAAUACGUGCUUUGAACGUGCGAUUUGGCGUGUAAACGCCCGGGUGCGUCACAAGUCGCAUAGAGCGCAACGUCAGGGCUUAAGGGCAUGGCCCGUAGCAUGUUUGCCGCGCCAGCUUUCGCCUCCAAAGGAUCAACUCUCUGCCGCCCCAACGCGCUCGCACGGAGUGAUUGCAUUGCCUUCAUCGCGCCGCUGCCCAGGGCUGCAGUCGCUGGCGCCCGUGAUCACGCUUGCCGACUAAUCGUGACCUCGACUGUCAAAGCACCUCUGGUUGCGCCACGGAGGCGGCAGUCAUCGCCGGUGCUGGUUCCCCAGGCCGGCAUGGCGUCAGCGUUAGCUGCUACACUAGGCCCAGACCUGGCCCAGGCAAUGGCGAUAGCAAAGCUUGUGGCCGCCGCGGUCGCUUUCGGCACAGGAGUACUGGGCGCCGUGGCCUGGCUGGACGCCAAGCGGAAAACUCAGAAACCCGGCCUGCAGUACACGCCCACGGAGUUCAAUCAGCGUGUAUUGAGCGCCUGCCCCAGCCUUAAGCUGCCGUACGCGCCGUUGCCGUUUAUGACUAAUCCGCACAUUGAGACAAUCCUGGCCGCCAAGACCCGCACCAAGCCCCCUCUGCGGUUGCGGAGGGAGAUCCUCCGGACGGCGGAUGGGGGCUGUGUGGCCCUGGACUGGGAGUAUGUGCAGGAGGGGGCGCAGCUUCUCCCCGAGGACGCCCCCGUCCUGGUGCUACUGCCGGGUUUGACGGGGGGGAGCGGGGACAGCUACAUCCUGCAUGCCAUGAGCAGUGCCCGUCAGGCGGGUAUUAGAGCGGUGGUAUUCAACAGCCGGGGUACGGCAGACAGUCCCGUACUCACACCACAGUUCUACAGCGCCAGCUUCACCGGGGAUACGCGCGCCGUGAUUGCCCACGUCUCCCGCCGCUACCCCGCCUCCCGGGCCCUACUGGCCGCCGGCUGGUCCCUGGGCGCCAACAUCCUGCUGCGGUACCUGGGGGAGGAGGGGGCGGCCACACCGCUGCGGGCGGCGGUGUCCAUGUGCAACCCCUUCAACCUCACGAUCAGCAACCAAGGCCUCACUCGCGGCUUCAGCCGGAUAUACGACCUCAAUCUGGCCAAGUCCCUGCAGCGCAUAUUCGCCAAGCACGCGCUGUUGUGGACGGGUGUGCCGCCGCCCUUCCGCCCGGACGAUGUGUCCGCCGGCGCCACCAUCCGCCACUUCGACGACUGUAUCACCAUCCACAGCUUCGGCUGGCGCAGCGUGGACGAGUACUACGCGGGGUCGAGCUCGUCCUUGUCGGUGCCGUACAUCACCAUACCGACAUUGUGCAUUCAGGCAUUGGAUGACCCCAUUGCUCCCAAGGAGGCGACACCGUUUGAGGCGCUCCGCCAGAAUCCCAAUUGUACGCUGGUGACGACGUUGACAGGCGGCCAUUUGGGCUGGGUUGCCGGGCCGGGCGCACCUUUUGGAGCGCCAUGGACCGACAAGGUGAUGUUUGAAUGGUUGAAUAGCGUCGUUUCGGAGCUAACGCAAGUGGAACAGGAGGCACCCAAGAUCACAGCUCAGGCAAUUGUGCGGGCAGGAACAGCGGAUGAAGAGGAUGAAGAGGACUUACUGGAGCAGAAACGCACAAUUGAAGACGGUAUAUUUUCAUGCAUGUACACGCUGGUGCGUUCCUCGGCUCUGAGCGGCUGGAAGUUCGCCGUCUUAAAAGUGGCGCUGGAGUUCCUGACCUUCUUCCUUGUGGCGUUCAACACGGAAUACACACAUUGGGUCAUCGACACCUCCAGCCCCGUGUGGCAGGUCGUACGAUGGGGCCUUUGGCGCUCACCCAUUAUACGUCUAUACGGCUAUAAGACAUACAUUGUCGUCCUGUACGUCAUGGUGGUCAUAGUGUACGUGGCGGUUGCGGGCCUUGUGUUUCUGACCCACUCGAUGAGAAGAGCAGAGCAGUCCAAGUGGCUGCGUACGGCAGCGCUGUACCUGCACGCCGCAUACGACAUUAUUUUCUUCACCUACUAUGCAUCUUUCUUCGACUAUUUCGUCUUUGCGGCCAACUGCGAUUACUUGGGGAGGACCAAGAACCACAUGUACUUCAAGAGCGUCAUGUGUUUCGAGAUGCCCCACCUACUUCACUUCUGUGUGGCCAUCUUCACCGCCGUCGUCUUCCUUGCCGUAACCGCCGGGCUGACGGUGGCAUCAGCCGACCUCAACCCGGUCUCCCGUUCCGCCCUGGCCUCACCCGCCGUGCAGCCCCGCCUCAAGAUGCUAGCCGCCAAGGCCGCUUUCAUUAUGUGCGGGGGGGUGCUGGACUCGGCCCCCAUGGUCCAGGCGGUUCUGGAUGUGUGCUGGAUGCCCUUCUACCGGACCUGCGUCAACGCGGUGUGGUUCGGGUUGUGGCUGGGCAUCCUCUACACCACCACCCUGUACUGCCUGCUGGCCGCCGGGAAAAGCCAUGAAGAAAGUCACCUGCGCCGCUAUACCAAGGUGUUUUGCACCCACGAGGCCAGUAAGCGGCUCAAGGACAGCCAGGAGUGCGGAAUGGACCUCCAGGCUUACAUAGAGUUCAAGAGGAAUUACAGGGCCGUACUCCGUGUUCACAAGGAGGCCUUAUGCCGGCAGGUGGAGCUCUGGAAGCUGUGCAUGCGACCUCGGCUGGGGGUGGCGGAGGUGGACACCGCCAUGGACGCGCUGGAGGGCGCAACCAGCCGGGCACACCAGGUGUAUCGGAGGGUCUUGGAGCGCUAUCCCACCAACGGCAAAUUGCUCCGCUGCUACGGCAAGUUCCUCGAGGAUGUACGGCAUGACCCUGCGGCGGCAGCUCGAGUGUACGGCGAGGCCAAUCGCAACGGCGGCGCCGGCGCACUGCUCUCCCUGGACUUGACCAGUCUUCAGGCGGGGGGGUCGUCCGAGCGGCCUGAGGUGUUCGCCUCCUUGACGCUGGAGGACGCCAUCGUGGUUGUGAAUGCGGAGGGCACCAUCAUGAUGGUCAGCCAGGCCGUACAGUCUCUCUUCGGCUACCCCGCCCUAGACUUGGAGGGUGCCAAUAUCAGUCUGCUGAUGCCGCCACCCUUCUCUCAGCGGCACAGCGGCUACAUGGCCAGAUAUGUGGCGACCGGGGAGACACACAUACUGGAUACCGUACGGGAAGUGGUGGGCCUUCACAAGGACCGCUACGUGUUCCCCCUCAGCAUCUGCGUCACCAAACUCAGCGGCACCGGGUCAGACAGUGUGUUUCUGGGUUUGCUGCGAGCCAUUCCCCCCGGGCAUUACUCCAUACGCGUGUGGCUGUCCCCCAACGGCAUCUUCCUGUGCGGCGAGCAGAGCUUCGCGUCCAUGAUCGGGUUUCAGGAGGGAGAGCUGGUAGGCAAGUCGCUAUCAGCUCUGGCAGCGCCCGCCUGCCUGGAGCAACUGGAGGCCCUCCUGGAGCGGUGCCGUACAGCUUCCGUAACAGAGCUGGCUACCGGUACUGUCCGUACGGAAAUGCAUUUCCUUCACCGAUAUUUGGAUCCGGUGCACGUGGAGGUGACCGUGGGGCUGGCAGGCACCGACUCUCAGCGCAUCCUGGUUUUCAACUGUCGCCGUACGGAUGGACGAGCCAACAAUAUCCUGGUGGUUGACUCGCAUAUGCGGGUCAAAUUCGCUACCACAUUCGUGUCGGCGCUGCUUGGCCGCACCCCCCGCCAGCUGGUGUCCAUGAGGCUCGAUCAGCUGCUGCCGCCGCCCUUCAAUGCGCUGCAUGCAAAGUGGCUGCGGGACCCCCCCCACCCCCCCACACCCUUGUCCUGCCGCGCGGGCAGGGUGGUGUCGCUCCUGAACGACUCAGGAUCCAGAGUGCCCGUACGGAUCAAGGUGCUGGCGGGGAACUCGUCCGUGUUCGCAUCCGUACACCAUGUCGUACAGGUCGACAAGGUGCCGGCGGUUGAGGAGGUUGAAGAGCAGCGGUUAGUUCUAACGGUAGACUUUUACGGCCGUGUCCGCAGUGUAUGCCGCCCCAAUGACACGGUGUUUGGGUUCCCGUCCUGGACGCUGUUGGAGUCACGGCUGUGCGACUUCGUGGACGUCUUCGCGGAGUGGCGGCACCGCACCGGUAGCGGGGAGAUGCAGUUGCUGCUGCUGUCGCUGCUGGACAAGGAACAGGCGAUGCCGGGAGCAUCCUGGCGUGUGCGUGUUCGUGAGCCAGAUCGCUCUGAGGGGCUGCUCAGCCGCAGCGCCUCACAGCACCCCAACAACAAUCCCGACCCCGAUCCCAACAUGAACAUGAGCAUGAACCAACAUCAGUCGCAGUCGCAGACGCAGACGUGGCGCACAGGUACGACAGAGCGUCACCUCAGUGGUGGCGGUGGUGGUGCUGGUGGUGGCGGUGUGCAGGCACAUGACACAAUCUGGAGGUCGGCAUGUCUGCAGGUGGAGCUCCUCGACGGACACGAGAAAGUGACGCCGGCGGCGGCGGCGGCGGCGGCGGGAGACAUGGACACCGCAGCGAUGGCCAUGGCGGCGGCGUCGGAUGGCGCCAGCGACAACGACGACGGCGAUGGCUCCCAGGCCCGUGUACGAGUGGUGCUUUGGCGGCGGGACCUUCUAAGCGGUGUCGUGGAGCUGGAUGAGGAGCUGGUGGUACGGAAGGCGAGUACGGCUGUCGGACUGAUUUUUGGACUGUCUUCCACAAUGAUGCUCAGGAAGCCGCUGAGCAGGUUCCUGGACCUUCCCCCCGGGGCGACGUGGGCUUCCCUUAUCGCCUCUCAACACCACCACCACCACCCCCACUCCCAACACCACCACAAGAAGAGCGCCCUCAAGGCCACCUCGGGACGCGUUACCGUGGGUCCAACCUUGGUUCUGGCGGGAACCCAUCCCGACAGCGGCGCCGUGCGUGUCGUACUGCAGGGCGUGCAGACGCUGGGGCCCGGCGGCCGAGCCACGGUUCGUGCCGUACUCCACGCUGACACGACCCAAGUAGAGGCCCGAGCCGACCUGAUGAAGGUACUGCACCUGCAUCGCCACCUGCACAGUACGACAGCAGGAAAAGCGGUCGCUGUCGCUGCCGCCGCGUCGCCGGGCGGCGCGAAUGAUGGUGGCAGCGGCGGCGGCGAUGGAGGGGGAGGAGGAGCAGCGCCGCGGCCAUUGGCCGGCACAUCGCCGAUUCGGGCGCGAGCUGGGGAGGAGGUCGGCGGCCUGGCGUCCGUACUAGCGGCGGCUGGUGGGACGCUGCGGCGCAUAUCUGAGGAGGGGGAGGAAGAGGAUGGCGGCGGCGGCGGCGGCGGUGAAAGGGAGAACGAGGCGUCAAUCGGCGGCAGCGGCAGCGGCAGUGGCAGAAACCACAGCGCCGCCGCCAGCAACGACGAUGGAGGCGACUCCACUCCUUCACCGCGGCGCAGCAGCGGCAGCGGCGGCGAUGCCUCCGACGGCGGCGCUGGCGGCGCCGCCAACGACCCCACCGACCAGAGCACCGCUGCGCACGAGGCCGCCAAACUUCACCGUCAAGCCACCAGCCGGUACGAGUUUGUGUCUCAGUGGGUACGAACUGUGAUAUCGCAACGGGCGACUGCCCUGGCCGGUCUAGGGUUUGGUCUCGGACCCGCCGCCGCCAACGGCGGCGGUAACGGCGGGGGCGGUCUUGGACCCAGCGUGAGUUUGGACAGGCGGUCAAGCGGCGGCUUCGCCGUUGCUGGCCGCGGCGCGGCGGCGGCUACGCCGCCGCUGCAGCAGCGCACGCGGCAAUUCCCACUAGCGAUGCCGGCGUCGGCGCAUCCGGCGCCCGGCGGGUGGGGGGCCACCUUUAACAACCGCGGCAUGAGCACUGCGGACCCGGCCGACGGUCGAAAUGAACGCGGCGGCGGCGGCGGCGGCGGUGAAAAGGGCGUGAGUGGCGGCGAUGAUGGGCGGCAGGUUUCACGCCGCCGCAGCGGCACUAGUUCCAGUACGGCACCGUACAGCAGCUUUCAUACAAGGACGACGGACAGCAGUGAAGAAGACGACGGAGGCAGCAAUGGCGGCGAGGGGACCGAUGGCAGGGCGGUGAGGGCCAGCAGCGACGGCAGCCUCGGCGGCGCGGUCGGCGUUGGCGGCGGUCUGGAGCUGCUGGAGCCUGGCGGCGGCGGCAGCGGGGGGGGUGACGACGCCGCUGCCAGCGGCGGCGAUGGUGGCCCGGAGCCGUCUGGUGGCGGCAAGUGGGAGAGAUCUAGCGACGCUGACGACUCGAGCGUGGUGGACAGCGAGGCCGAGAGCGGGUUCACCCGGUUGACUGAUCAGUCAUCUGCCACGGACCUGGCCAUCGACGCGCGGCGACAGCGGCUGCAUAAGGCCCUGGACAAGCUGCUGCUGGGCCCCUCCCUGACGCUGCCCCUCAGCCGGCUGCAAUACAUGAGUUACGCUGUCAUGGCUAUUAUGCUGGUCGUACAUAUAGUGUGCUACCUUGUGGUCAGUAAGCUCAUCACCGAAGAGCACACGCUGAUGGGUAACCUCGUCGAUAUGGAGCGCUACCAUCAAGGUGUGUAUCUCGGGGUGCAGGGGCUGCAGCGGCUAGAACCACGAGUGUACGACUUGUGGACGACACAAAGCUUGCAGUACAACAUCUUCCUGGACGGCGCAACCCCCCAAGUGGUGGAUGCCUCUGCGGGCGUGUGGCAGCUGGGAAACCGCUUUCUGGCCGCGUCCCGUGAGGCCCUCUACUGGCUGCCUAAGCUCAAGGACAAAUACAUGUGGCACCGCACUUGGAGGUUCGUGCUGUCAGCCGGCAUAGGGCCCCUGUUCUCGGGCUGCACACUCUCCCUGGACUACCUGAUGACGUCAGCUUGGGCCUCCGUGGAGAAACUCAAAACAGAUUUGAUCGUGAUGCUGGUGGUGGAGGCGCUGGUUGUUCAGCUGUUGUGUUCGGUCUACCAGUGGCGGCUGGUGGCGCGGGUGGAGGGGGCGCGAGUGGUGGGCCUUAUGGCCAUGCUGGUGCUGCCCACCCCCGUACUGAGGCAGCUGGCGAGCCAGGAGAUCAAGGUUUGGGACGAGGAUGACGACAGCGAUCGCGACAGCGACAGUGAGGAUCUCCAGGCAAUAGCGAUGGGUCAUGGUCGUACUGGUCAAAUACACGUAACCCUGACACGACCGGGGGGCCGUAGGAGCACUGAAGGCGGCGGUGAGCCAGCCUCGGUCACCCCGAAACGCUGGUUGUCCGAUGUCGUACCACGUGACGUGGCUGCCAGGCGCCAGCCUUCCUACAAAACGGAACACCGCACAACCUCGGGCAACCCAAUUCGAUUUCCGCCCCCCCCACCCACCCCCCAUACAAUCUUUCUCCGAUCGAUGUUUCCGCUGAUCCGCUUCCAGGCGCUGAUGGGGGGCCGUACGGGCAAGAUCCUGCGGCAGCCACCGGCGGCUGGCAUUGGCACCAACCGCCCGGGUUUAACCGCCCGGGGCGGGGUUCCCCCCUCCCCGGGAUUCCGUACACCGUCAUCGGGGCCCAGCGGGGGCCCGUUGCGGCCGGGGGAGCAGCACGGGGCGCCUAGCAGGGGGAGGAGGUUGUCCUCGGGGUCCGGGGCCCCCUUCCUGCUUCUGAAUGCCUGCGUCGUCGUUAUGUAUGUCGUGUCUCUGACUCUGCUGUCCGGCAUGCAAGGCCCCCUUGCCUCGCUAAACAUGGCGGCACAUGUCGUAUACCGCUAUACACACAUGCGCUGCUGUGCCUGGGGGCUGGUCUUACUGGCUAUCACCAUCGCUAUCUUCCUGCUCUACACGCUGCUCCUGCUGUGGCCCCGGCUGUCCCGCAUCCGAGGGGACGCAGCCCGGCAGAGCGCCCUGCUGAGCCACGUGCCCUCGGAGCUCGAUGUCAGGGCGCACCUGAAGCGUGUUUUCAGGAGCUGGGGCCCGCGAACAGCGGCAGGGAGAGUUCAUGGCUUGGUGGUGGUGGAGGUGGAGGUGGAGGUGGAGGUGGAGGUGGAGGUGGAGGUGGAGGUGGAGGUGGAGGUGGAGGUGGAGGUGGAGGUGGAGGUGGAGGUGGAGGUGGAGGUGGAGGUGGAGGUGGAGGUGGAGGUGGAGGUGGAGGUGGAGGUGGAGGUGGAGGUGGAGGUGGAGGUGGAGGUGGAGGUGGAGGUGGAGCGCUCAGGCACCAUGCGGGCCAGCUGUGUCGCUAGGCGGACCGUCAGGCGUGUGAGUGGGACGGUUGUUGUGCCGCCCGGUAUCUGCCAUCCGACCCGCUUUAGGAUCAUAGCCAUCGCCUGA